CAAAGUUUAUAGAGUCAAUUGGGACGGAAAUCGCGGCAGCCGAGGUAUCACGAUCUGGGAAGGGGCAUAGCACGCUAAACCAAAUACGUCAGAUUUAUUAUUCUGCCCUCUCCCGGCGCCCGACCGGAUUAUUUUCCUCAUCCUUCUGGGGGAAGGCGCCACCAGCAACUCAAGUGCUUUCCUCCAGGUACAUCCAUAUCAACGACCUCUCUUCACGAUUCACACCCCCCCACAGAAACCCUGUCGCCCUCACCCCGCAUCGCCGCGCUCCUCUACUCCCGCAAACCGGUCCUCGCCCUCGUCCCUGUCCGCCAACAAAUCGGCUUGCCGACGCUCAUCGAGCAACGCCCGAUGGCCGCGCCGCCGGCAGUGGUGGUGACACCCGCCGACCCAUGGCCGCGGCCUUAUGUGUUUGAGGAUGGGCUGCGCAGGGUCGCGCCGUAUCACUUCACGUAUAAUACGAACUGCAAGAUGAGGUGGAGGGGGAGGGAGUUGUUGGAUAUCUUUGAGAGCGAGUUUCGCGAUCGGCCUGUGGAGUAUUAUAAAACUGCGAUAGAAACCGGCAUGGUCGUCGUCAACGGCAAACCCGCAUCGACAACCGACGUCGUUCAGAACGGAGACGUGAUCUCGCACACCCUCCACCGACACGAGCCCCCCGUUACAGCAGCCCCCAUCACGGUUAUAAGUGAAGACGAAGACAUGAUGGUCAUCUGCAAGCCGUCCGGCAUCCCCGUCCACCCCGCUGGGCGCUACAACUACAACUCGGUGAUCGAGAUCCUGGCGGCCUCGCGCCCUGGGUGGAAACCACUACCAUGCAACCGCUUGGACAGGCUCACCAGCGGCGUCAUGUUCAUCGGCAAGCACCCGCGCGCGGCUGAGGAGCUGUCAACACAGAUCUCAGGGCGCACAGUGCGCAAGGAGUACGUCGCCCGCGUCGCUGGCAAGUUUCCCGACGGAGACGUCGUGUGCGCCAUGCCCAUUCUCCAGAUCUCGCCGAAGCUGGGCCUGAAUCGCGUGCGAGCUAGCGGCAAGCCGGCACGCACGGUAUUCCGACGACUCGCGUACUACGGGCCAGAGGAAGGGGCCGAGGAGACAGGAGCAGAGGAGGGGAAGGCAGAGGGCCGGCCGUGGGUGGGCAAGAAGGGGUACUCUAUAGUGCGCUGCCUGCCUAUCACGGGCCGCACGCAUCAGAUCCGCGUGCACCUACAGUUUCUGGGGCAUCCGAUCACGAACGACCCCAUCUACAGCAACCAGCGGGUCUGGGGCGCCUCGCUUGGGGCUGGGGACGCGGAUGCGAUGCAGGCGGACGAGGAUGUGAUUACACGGCUCGCACGGAUGGGGAAGUCCGAGGUAGCGGACGCGGUGGCGUAUCACGACGAGAUGGUGGACGAUUAUAACAAGCGUAAGGCGGAGAAGAUGUCAGGGGAGCUGUGCGAGGUGUGCUCGACGCCGCUCUAUACGGAUCCAGCGGCGCGGGAGAUGGGGAUUUACCUGCACUCGCUGCGGUAUGAGGACAAGGACCUCAAGUGGAGCUAUAGGAGCGAGCUACCUGAGUGGGCGCUGCCGCCGGGCGGGGUGGAGGGGCCGCGGGAGGUGGGUGGGCUAGACGAGGUGGUUGAUCUAGGCAGGCUGAGGGAGCUAGAGGAAGGGGAGGAGGAGGUGGCGGGGGGGGAGCGGAAGGAGGAGCACGAGCGUAAAAUGGCGAGGCGGAAGGGCAAGAAGGGCGUGCAGUGCGAGUGGGAGGGCGGAGUUUCGGUUGAGACUGUAACAGUGCCUGUUACGCUGGUUGGCGAAGGCGAAUCGACGAGCGCUCCACCUGCUGCUGCUGCUGUUGUUGCUUCUGCUGCUGUUGCAGUAGCAGGGCGUAGCACGUGACCAUUUGAGACUUCAUAAACGCCACGGAAGAGACCCAAACCGCAUGCGCACACACGUGCAUGCGAGAUUGCAAUGGGCAAUCACAGUCCAAGGCGAUAUACGUACAUAGCCAGCGUUACACGACGCCUUUGUGGUACUGGAGGCACCGGGAGGAUUGUGUCACCAUCCGUAGAUAUCUCCGGAGAAGCGCUCAGCCAAUGAGCAGAGCAUAUAUAGAUCAAGGCGCUCAGCUUCCAGCUACCCCACC